CUAAUAGCUUUCUCACACUUAAAUGGUUCGAUCAGAAAGCAAGUUUGUGAAACUAACUUUUUCGCGCAUCAGCUCUUCGUCAGAUCAAGACAGGGCUAGCGCUCGAAACAUGCGCUUCACAAAUUCGCUACGGCGGUUAAAAUUUGAGAUAUAGCUAAGUGAUUCAUUUGCCCGAGGUCAGCAAGUACGCAAGCUUGCCAUUAUUCGGUGGCUUAUCAAAUGAGGGUUGCCACAGGUCAGGAAGUAGUCAGAGAGGAAAAAAGUCUUCAAGGUUAGGGAAAAGUCAGGGAAUUUUAUUUUGAGUCAAGGGAAACUGACAUUUUGAAGAAAAAGUCAGGGAAAAUUGAAAUAAGUUAACACGGCUGACUUGGUGCCACUGAAGGCUGGAAACAUUUGGGGUCACUGUUAAUGAGGAAGGAAAAUUUGUUGAAAACGUGUCAGUCUUAAUAAAUGGGUGAAAAGGAUGGCCGUAAAGGGAGGCUAGAAGCAGCCACUAUAUCUGACAUUUUGUGUUUCUUUGGUCAGGAAGAUUUUGUUUUUAUUAAGGAAAAGUCAUGGAAAGUUUGAAAACAGAUGUCUGUGGCAACCAUGAAAAUGAGUGAAACAGGUCUAUAUUGAAGGAGAGCCUGAGGCAAGACUUGCCAGUCAAGCAAUGGACAUUAAAACUCUACUUCUAUCGUCGGCGUGAAAUAGGACUAAUUUUACCAUUCUGUUUUAACAAUACUUUUAUUUUUCUAUUUGUUGCAGGUUAUGCAUGUCGUUUGCUUACUCCUGAGAUGAAACUGUUAAUCUGUAGCGAAGAGAGCCUCGAUGGAACUCGUGAGUGGCUGAAUGAGCAUCUCAGAAUAAUCGGCCGAGCUGGCUCAUCCAAGAAAAAACCGCCGUCCAUUCGGGAUGACUUGGGGCUGAUCAUCACUGGCAAGACUCUUUCACAUGGAUUAACAGACGAACUGAAGUUGAGUUUCUUAGAUAUGGCGCUCAGCUGCAAAGCCGUAAUCUGCUGCAGGGUUUCUCCUCUACAAAAGGCACAAGUUGUGAAACUUGUGAAACAACACGUCAAGGACGCCAUCACCCUCGCUAUUGGCGAUGGAGCUAACGAUGUCGGCAUGAUUCAGGCUGCACAUGUUGGCGUGGGGAUCAGUGGAGUGGAAGGCCUGCAGGCAGCCAGUGCUUCGGACUACGCCAUUGCACAGUUUCGCUAUUUAAACAAGCUUCUCUUUGUUCACGGAGCGUGGAGUUACCAGCGUCUCGCCAAGCUCAUCUUGUACUCAUUCUACAAGAACGUGUGUCUGUAUGUUAUUGAGCUGUGGUUUGCACUUGACAACGGAUUUUCCGGUCAAAUCCUGUUCGACAAGUGGUGCAUUGGUAUCUACAAUGUGGUUUUCACGUCAGUUCCCCCACUGGCUAUCGGCCUGUUUGAUCGCACAGUGACUUCUGAAAGCAUGCUCAAAUAUCCCAAGCUUUACAAGGCGUCACAGAAUGCCGAGAUAUAUAACACGAAGGUAUUCUGGAUGUGGAUUGCGGCUUCAGUAUACCACUCCCUUCUGUUGUUUUAUUUGCCUUGUUUCAUGCUCAAACACGAGUCCCCUUUCAGCAGUGGAGUGGUGGUAGGCGAGUGGUUCUUAGGAAAUGUAGUGUACACGGUAAGUUGUUAUAUGGGUACCCAUGUUGUUAUUUGUCUUAAAACAAGGAAGAAUACAGUCAAUUACAGAGCUUUUCAAUCGUUGUAUGCUGUACAGAAACUAGCCUGCAGAACAGGCAGAUUAGCGGGCUAGCCCGAUACACGAAAGCGGAUGCGAAGCGUGAGGCGAAAAUAAAUCCAUUUUUUUCGCCUCGCGUUCGUGUAUCGCGCUUUCCCGCUAAUUCGCCUGUUCUGCAAGCUAGACAGAAACCCGCUCGAAAAUUUUUUUCUUUGCACCUUGUAGCGGAGCUCCAUACUCAUAUGGGAAGGAAAAGGAA